AUGUCCAAGAAUAAAAGCGAUAGUAAACGAUCUAAAUGGAAUAGUUUUGACUGGGAUUCAUUAGACUAUGAACCACCUGUUGUUAACGCCACAUUCAAUGCUCUGACUAACGAUUUUGAAGUUUCUCAACCUACUAAACAACGCGAUUGGAGCUUCGAUGACAGCUAUGAUGUUCAGCAGCAAAGAAACAAACCCUCGUCUAAAGCAAAUUAUUCUGACGAAGCACUCACAGUAACUUUUCGUUUGAAUCUUGAAGAGCCCGAGAACCCUGUCUUUACCAAGGUGGUUGACUAUGGUUCCUUUCGUGAUCAAGAUAUUAUACCUGAGUAUGAUGACCUUAUGGUACCCACUAACAAUAAUCAAGUAGAAGAAGAUUAUCGUACGCCUAUACCUGAUGUUCCCGUAAACAAAUUAAGAUCUCCCUACGAGAGCGUAAAAGAGUAUCUUUAUACUCACUUUGAACUGAUGCGUCAUGAUUUUCUUUUACCCUUGAGAGAAGCAAUAAAUGGAUAUAGACAAGAGUAUGCUUCUCUCAAAGGAGCAGAGACUAUGGGAGAAUCCAUGGAAAAGUUGUCAGCUCAAAAGCCUUUUCGUCUUUAUGAACGCGUGCAACUGAACGCAAUCGUGUUUGGUUCGCGUCAACCGUUGCAUAGAAUCAGCUUCCGACUACCUUACUCUGUACGUGUCCAGUGGGCACAGUCCAAGCGAUUGAUGCCUGGUUCUCUUGUAUUAUUGUCAAAGGAUCACUUUAAGAGUGAUUUGAAAAUUGCAACUGUGGUUGAUAGAGGAGAAGAAGAACCAAUGAAGGGCCCUGAUAGAUUUGAAUACUUGAUUGAUAUAUACUUGGAGAGGGAUAACGAAGAUCAACCUCUUGGUUUUGGUGACCCAACCUUGACUGAUAAAGAUAUCUAUGUGAUGAUUGAAGCAACGAAUGGUUAUUUUGAAGCUUAUCGACAUGUGCUUAAAGUGCUUCAGAAUGUCGAGCCUGAUCAAUUUCCAUUCUCUUCCUAUCUUGUCAAUUUAUCAAAAGAUAUUCUUAUACCGCACUAUGCUGCCAGAAAAAGGGUGUAUGACAUCAAUGUAUUCAAAAGGCAUGUCAGAGAUGAACAAUGGCCAGUUGACAUCAUGGGAAGUUGGCCAGAAUAUAGAACAGGAAUGGAUAAGACCCAAUUGGAUGCACUCAAGACAAUCUUGACAAGAAAUCUAUCCAUCAUACAAGGCCCACCUGGUACUGGUAAAACAUUCGUGGGUACAUAUGCUAUGAGAGUCUUAUUGAAUAACUUUAAUGAGUCGUUGGGACCCAUUGUAUGUAUUUGCCAGACCAAUCAUGCUCUUGACCAGUUCUUGGAGCAUAUUUUGGCUUUUAAUGAAAAGAUCGUUCGUGUGGGCGGAAGAUCAAAAUCAGAACUAUUGAAAGAGCACACGAUGUAUGAACUUAAAAAAGCUUUAAAGGGUCCACGCGGUAUCAGUCGACUUUAUCGCUCUCGUGAUGAUAUCAUAGCGCAGAUAGAACAAACAAUCAUCGAACUGUAUGAGCAACCAUGCGUAACAGUCGAGUUUCUCGAGAGUAUCAAGGCUCUGAGACCACGUCAGCUAGAAUGUUUAAAGAGAGCGAUCAACAGGGAAAAGAAACACGAAGCAGGUUCUGCUCGAGACUUAGCUAGUGACUCUGAUGACGACUGGGAAAUAACAUCUGUUGUGCUAACAACAAAGAAACCAUCACAAAAUCAGAAAAGAAGGGGAAAGAAUGGAAGACGUGGUAAUUAUAGUACGAUUAACGAUAAUGACGCAUUGAACAACAUGAGCAGCUUCUGGGACGAGGGCAAUCCAAAUAGGAUUCACAAGGCCAAAGAAAAGACAACGAAUCCUAUUGAGAUAUGGCUUAAGGAAGCUAUUGAGUUUGUAACUGAUAGUGACAAAACGACAUUUGAUGAAAUGGCAGAAGGCUUGCUCGAACAAACAAAGGGAGUCGUGUAUGAAGAUAUGAUUGAUGAAAAUGAAAUCAUUGAAGAGGAUCAGUUUGAAGAAAUGCAGAGAAAUUUCCAAGGCGAUGAUUUUGAAUAUAAAGCUAAGAAUCAUUUCAUAUCUCUCGGCAAGGCUUACCAACGACUCACAGAAGUCAAUCCGGGUGAACGUCAGGGGAGAAAGAUUGUGAACUAUAAAAAAGCUGGAAAACCUGCUGCAAUGAACAGGGCAAACUUUAACUUCUUUGAGGAUAUAGAUGAUGUGGAUGAUCCAUGGGCAAAUGAUGCCAAAGAAAAUAGCAAGUAUUGGGAAGACGAGCCUUUGAAAAACCAGUCUUUAGAAAGAUGGAUGAAGGAGGAUGAUGUAUUUAUGUGGCCAUUGAGUGUUCGAUUGAAGGCACACAAGGAAUGGAUUGAUUUGAGAAAUCAAUCUUUGGAAGCUACUCUACGCCGGUUGAUGAGUAAAUACACAAGUAUUUCUGCCGAAAUUCGAUCUGUCAUGGUCAAGUAUGAGGCAAAGAUUUGCAGAGAGAAUCGUGUGGUUGGCAUGACUAGUACUGCUGCAGCAAAGUAUCAUGAUCUAUUGGAAGAAAUGCGCCCUCGUAUCAUGGUUGUGGAAGAAGCUGCAGAAAUGGUAGAGUCCCAUAUUGUUUCUGCUCUCACUAGUUCUUUAGAACAUUUGAUCCUGAUCGGUGAUCACCAACAAUUGAGGCCCUCUACAUCCGUUCACAAGCUCUCUGAGGUUCAUGGACUGUCUGUCUCUUUGUUUGAACGUUUGAUUAUAAAUCAGUUCCCAUUUACGCGACUGUCUCACCAAAGACGUAUGUUGCCUGCCAUUCGUCAAUUGAUCAAUCCGAUCUACCGAGACCCUCCACUUCAGGAUCAUCCAGAUGUAUCAAAGUAUCCACCUGUUAGAGGAAUGGCUCAGCCUCUAUUUUUCUUGAGUCACCAAGAAGAAGAAACAAACUUGUCCGAUUCUGCUUCCAAAGUGAACGAACAUGAAGCCAAGAUAGCAGCCAGACUUACGCUUUACUUACUUCAACAAGGCUAUAAAGCAGAGGAGAUUACGAUCAUUACAAUGUAUUCUGGACAGAAAAUGAUGCUGAGAAAGAUGCUCCGAGAGGAGAGGACUCCAAUGUAUGAUCCUGACCAAGUUAAAGUAUCCAGUGUGGAUGGAUAUCAAGGAGAAGAAAACAAGAUCAUCAUUUUGUCCUUGGUCCGUAGCAACUCUAAUGGCCAAAUUGGUUUCUUAAAGACAGCUAAUCGUGUCUGCGUAGCGCUCUCAAGAGCAAAGCAUGGAAUGUAUAUCCUGGGAAACGCUAGUCUACUGUGUGACAAGAGUGAAUUAUGGAAUGAAAUUAUAGCCAAUUUGGAAGAAAGAGAAGAGAGAAUGAUUGACACUAGGUUGCCACUUCAGUGUGUUAAGCAUAAUGUGAUUACAGAGGUUCAAUAUGCAGUAGAUUUUACAGAUGUAUCUGAAGGAGGCUGCACUCGACCUUGUGGGGAAAAGCUCAGAUGUGGGCACGAGUGUCUGCUCAAGUGUCAUCCUUAUGAUCAUGACAAUAUCCUCUGUAAGCAUCCCUGUGGUAAGAUAUUAGAAUGUAGACACCCAUGCCCCAACUAUUGCUUCCAGCACUGUGGUCCGUGUACUCAAAUUAUCUCAGUACGUCUUCCUUGUGGAGAUACGAUAGAAGAGUCAUGUAGCAAAAUCCGCACCAUGGCCAAGAAUCCUGAAAGACAUAGGUGCCCUACGUGCAGCUCGCCUUUAUCCGUAAAAUAA